AUGAAAGGCAUUCUGGAAAUAGUCUGUUUCUAUUUUAUCGCUACUAAUAAUGUCGUUUUCGUGCAACAUUGUGGAUGUAGAGAUAUGAACCCGUGUUAUAAACGAAUGCUGGAAACGUUACUGGACGACAACGAGGAGCCAUGCGUCGAAAAUUCCGAGAUUGGCACCAUUUCCAUAACGGUUUUUUUAAAAGCACUGGAAGCAUUUUGUGGUAAAAUUGUAACAGUGUACAAUCAGAGCCUAACAUAUCAAAAAAGAAAUUUAUAUGAGGUUGUACUUGACCGUAAUGACGAUAAAACAACGACGAGAAGCAAUAAGCCAGUGAUUUUUUUAGACGCUGGACAGCAAGGAGGCGUGGAACCCGUGAAUUUUGCGCUGAUCAUAAUUGAACAGCUUGUCGGGUGCAAGGAACACAAUGUAAUGUCGAGGAACGUGCGAUGGGUCAUACUCCCCAAUACCAAUCCAGAUGGGCGGGAGUUUACCAGAUUUAACAUAAUGCCGUGGAGGAAGAAUGUACGCCUCUCCGACGAUAAUAAGAUCAAUGGUGUGGACAUCACUAGGAAUUUCGACGAUUCGUUCCACGACUGCGGUCUAAUUACCAACGGGUAUUCCCCCGAGUUCCAGGGUAAUAAGCCGCUGUCCGAAUCGGAAAGUGUGUUCAUAACAACCGCACUAAACAAAUACAAGAAUAAACUGAGGGCAUAUUUGUCGAUAAGACGCGACGGGCACGCGUUGUUGUACCCAUACGCCAGCACCAACAACACCGCUCCGGGAAUAUACAAACUGCAGGAGAAGGCUGCCGAAAUCGUGUCAAAGGUGAACCACAAGUCCGGCUUCAUAGAGAUGUUGGUGACCACCAGCAUAAACGAGAUGAAUGGUAGGCCGCAGUGCGGUCACAGCGUGGACUACGUCUUCAACAAGUUCAACCAGCCAUACGCGUACGAGAUGCGGGUGUACCUCGAAAACGAUCAUCGGAUGAUGAAGAAAUUCCAAGCCCUUCCCCGCGGUUACGACACGACACUGAAAGUGGGUUAUCUGUCCGUCAUAAAAGAGCUGUACAACCUCGUCAUCAGCGAACACAGAAACAGAACGUUCGCCAAGCGCGUUAUU